AUGGCUGUGCCCACCCCGCUGCCCCCCAGCCUGCGCCGGGGCUUGGUGGCCUUCAGUGGGUCCCUCUUCAUCAACAACAAGACGUGGGAUAGCGGCACUGCCCCCAGCUACCAGCCAGGCAGCAGCACCCAAAGGGUUCCUGAACCCACCCACCAGGGAGGGAACAAAAAUAAGAACAUUUGCUGCAAUCAGCUGCUUGUGGGACCCAGGGCCUGUUGCUCCCCUCCACAAGCUGUGAGGGGGGGUCCCUCUGGGCAGGGGGACCCUGGGACUGGUGAGCAGCCUGCCCAUCCCUGCCUAGCUCACAAGGUGCUGUCCAGCCUGCCCCUCCAGGUGAUGCUCUACUUCAACGUCUACUACUUCCCAGUCUGGUGCCUGGCUGAGGGGAUUAUGCUGCACCUGAAGUACCACCUGCUGCCUUGGCACUAUCAGUUCCUGCUGGUCACAGCCUUCCUCAUCCUCUCACUGGCUGAGGGCUCCCGCCUCUACCUGGGCUACCUGGGGAACCUCCAGGAGAAGGUGCCUGAGCUGGCUGGGUUCCUGCUCCUCUCCUUCCUGAUCCAGCUGCCCCUCCUGCUCUUCCUGCUGACGGACAGGCAGGUCAUCCACCUACCGCUGGAGGUGCCCAUGCACAGCCUGUUCCUGGUCUUCCUCCUCCUCGAGAUCGUGGCUGCCUUCCUGGCGCUGAGGACCAUGACCAAGCAGCUGGCAGCACAGUUUUACCUGCGGCAGUUCCAGGAGGGUGGGAGGGGCCGGCUGGAGCCCGGGGGCACAGGGGGACAGGCAGCCAAGAUGGGGUGAUGCUGCAUGACCCCUCCACCCCACACAGCUGGUCCUGGCAAGGAGCAUUAAACAGUGCUUGAACCCACAGACACUGUUUCUGAGCUUUGUGGAGACCCCAGAACAGCACCCAGGCACAUCCCAGCUGAUCCCUGCCUUGCACAAGCUAACACAGCCUAGGAGAGGUGGGAGUGAGGGGUCAGCACCUCUGAAACAUUCUGGCUCACCCCAGGGCUGUGCCUGUCCUUGCUGAGCAUCAGCCCUGGCAGGAGGCAGGAAUCAGGGUGCAGGAGCCACUGCACACCCCUAGGAAGUACCAGCCCACAGCUGGAACUUUAAACUUGGCUCCUAAACCCUCCCUGAGCUUCCCAGAGAGCUUCUGAGAAUCCAGGUGGCCCACAUGAAGCCAUCCCAGCUGGAAGCAUGCACGGGUGCCAUGAGGUGCAAGAGCAGCACUCCACAACUUUACAGUUCCUCCAGGGCUAGAGACAGAGUAAAACCUCCUCCCACUUCCAGAACAGCUUUAUUCCAUUGCAUCCCUGUUUUUCAAGGGAAAUCAAGGUCCAUAAUCAUUGGAACGUGGAGAAAUGCAAAUGCUUUAAGGCUCUUGUGCCAAGCAGGACCAGCUGUUCCCCAGCACACUCUGGGGUGGCUCCAGGGGCAGCUCUGCUCCGGCUGUCAGCGCUGGGAGCUGCCCCUGGGAUGGCUUUGUGCUCCAGGAGCCAAGAACUGCUGCUGCCAGCACUUCUCCAGGAAAGGCAGACCCUAACCCCAGCAGUGCCCACCUGGGCCAGGCCUGGCCCACCUCUACCAGGGCUGCAGCCGGGUCCCCAUCAUAUCUACCUGCAGGUGGCUCUGGGGGGAAGGCAGUUUGUGGUGGAGCAUUCCCGAUGUCCCUAAGCUGUGGCCUCAGGCUUACCUUUAGGGGGUCUUGCCUGCAAAAUGAACAGGGACAUCAGGAUACAACAGGCAUGGAGGCAGCCCAGGUGGCCCUCAGCUACUCUGCUUGGUUCCAUGGCCACUCUGGAUUCAACAUCAGGCAUUAGGAAAGUUUACCCCCCAACAGAAUGGUGCAGCUUUGGGACAGUUCACCAGGAGAUGG